CCCCCCGAGGGACCCCCGGAAUGUCCCCCCGAGGGACCCCCGGAGCUUCCCCCGGCGCGGCCGCUCAGCCCGACCCGGCUGCAGCCGCUGCUGCCCCCGGGGGCUCGGGGGGUCCCGGAGCUGCAGGAGCUCCGCCGGGUCCUGGCGGAGAUGCCGAGACCCCUCAAGCGCCGGGGCUCGAUGGAGCAGAGCCCCGGGCCCGCGGCCGGACCCAACCGGGCCCGCCAGUACCGGCAGCUGAUCCCGCGCCUCCUGCACCGGCCCGGGGCUCCGGGGGGCGACAGCGGCACCGCCGAGGGGGCGACACCGCCACCGGCACCGCCACCGGCACCGGCACCGGCACCGGCACCGGCAGCCCCGGAGAGCUCCCCAAUGAUGUCCCCGCUGUCGCAGGAGCUGCGCUCGGCCCUGCGGGACCCCUCCUCCCCCCGGCGCCGCCCCGGGGCUCGGGUGCGGCUGAACCCGCUGGUGCUGCUGCUGGACGCGGCCCUGAGCGGGGAGCUGGACCUGGACGUGGUGCAGCAGGCGGUGGCACAGCUGAACGACCCGAGCCAGCCCAACGACGAGGGCAUCACGGCGCUGCACAACGCCAUCUGCGGCAGCAACUACGGAAUCGUGGAGUUCCUGAUCGCCAGCGGGGCCAACGUCAACUCCCCCGACAGCCACGGAUGGACCCCCCUGCACUGCGCAGCGUCCUGUAACGACACCGGGGUGUGCGUGGCCCUGGUCCGGCACGGCGCCGCGAUCUUCGCCACCACCGGCAGCGACGGCAGCCUGGCCGUGGAGAAAUGCGACCCGUACCGCGAGGGAUACGCAGACUGCUCCAGUUACCUUACUGAGGUGGAGCAGGGCAUGGGGGUGCUGAACAGCGGCGUGGUGUACGCGCUCUGGGAUUACAGCGCCGAGUUCGGGGACGAGCUGUCGUUCCGGGAGGGGGAGCCGGUGACGGUUCUGCGCCGGGAGCCCCCCGAGGAGCUCGAGUGGUGGUGGGGGUCCCUGUACGGCCACGAGGGAUACGUGCCCCGAAACUACUUCGGGCUCUUCCCGAGGGUGCGGCCGCAGCGGAAGAAAAUCUGAGGGGGGGGUGGGGCCUGGACCCCUCCCCAAAUUCAGCCCCUCCCCC